AUGUGGAGUGAUGCAGCAGCUUCGGAGCAAGCAAUGGCGGCUUGUGUGAAGCUUCGGAGGAGAUUCGCCUUGCUGCUGACUUUACAGGCAGUACUACUCGGAGUCCGAUGGCAUGCGGGAGACAUGCACGGCUCUCUGCUGAUGCUCUCCGUCUUGUGCAUCGGGUUACUUGCAGUGACUGCCCGUAUCGGUGAGGUGGAUGGCAUCUACUGUGGCUACUUUGCUUUGAUCGGCUUGGUCUCCGGGUUGCUAGAUCUCAACCUGGCGUUGGAGAAGCUUCUUUGGAUCGAGUGGGCUCAUUGGCGAAAAGAUGGAGUCCACACUCACGACAUAGCCCGGCUGAUGUGGCCGGGCUUCUUUACCAUCUGUGUCCCCGGCCGAGACAAGAUAUAUUGA